GCGUGUGGAGAGAACAGGCCUUUGGCUCAGAGGGAGGACUUCUGAGUUGCGCAAAGGAGAGCUCCCCUCGGAGCCUGGAAAGCAGACGAGAUACCACACCGCCAGGGAUCCUGACGCCGGGAACAGGGACAAGAGGGAGCCCCAGGGAACCGGGAAGGGCUGAUUGGGGCCCUCCUCCCCCUCCCCGGGCAGCCCCACCCCCCGCCCCAGAGCUCUCUGAACUUUGGAUCUGAGCAGCUGAGCCAGCUCCAAGCCGUCAUGGAUCCCGAAGGCCUGGCGCUCCUGCUGCCCCCGGCCACGCUGGCCUCCCUGGCGGACAGCUGGCUCCGCGAGGACUGCCCGGGCUUCAACUACGCGGCCUGGGCCACAGGGGCAGCCCCCGCGCAGGCGGCGCUGUGGGCCAAGUCCCCGGGCGUCCUGGCCGGGCGGCCUUUCUUCGAUGCCAUCUUUGCCCAAGUCAACUGCCAGGUCUCCUGGCUCCUCCCUGAGGGCGCAGAGCUGGUGCCGGUGGCCAAGGUGGCCGAGGUCCGCGGCCCCGCGCACGGCCUCCUGCUGGGGGAGCGGCCGGCCCUGAACGCGCUGGCCCGCUGCAGCGGGGUGGCCAGCCAGGCGGCGAGGGCCGUGGCGGCCGCCCGGGGCGCGGGCUGGGCCGGGCAGGUGGCGGGCACGCGGAAGACCACGCCCGGCUUCCGGCUGGCGGAGAAGUACGGGCUCCUCGUGGGCGGAGCUGCCUCUCACCACUACGACCUGGGCGGCCUGGUGAUGGUGAAGGACAACCACGUGGUGGCGGCCGGCGGAGUGGGAAAGGUGACGGAGGGGAAAGGCGGUGAGGCGGGCCCAGCAGGUGGCCAACUUCACCCUGAAGGUGGAGGUGGAGUGCAGCAGCCUGCAGGAGGCCCUGGAGGCGGCAGAGGCAGGAGCGGACCUCGUGUUGCUGGACAACUUCAGGCCGGAGGAGCUGCACCCCACGGCCAGAGCGCUGAAGGCCCGGUUCCCGCGUGUGGGCGUGGAGGCCAGCGGGGGCGUCACGCUGAGCAACCUGCCUCAGUUCUGCGGGCCGCACGUCGAUGUCAUCUCCUUGGGGAUGCUGACCCAGGCGGCCCCAGCCCUGGAUUUCUCCCUGAAGCUGUUUGCCGAAGGGACCACUCCAGUGCCCCAUGCCCGCCGCUCCUAACGCCGAAGAGGAUGGCACUGGCCACGGGAUAACAUGGUUCCUUGGGACUCUACCUCUGCUUGCCUCGGUUUCCUAAUCUGUAAAAUGGGUCUAAUAAAGGACCAACCUUGGACAUUUCUUUGGCAGUAGUUAACACGUGGUAAGCG